AUGUUGAAGUCCAGCUUAUUAUCAAUUCUUUUGAUGUCGCCUGCCAUCUUAGGAAUUCAUAUUGACGACAUUGAAGAAGGUACCACGUUUGCUCCAGCAUUCUCUAUUAACUUAGAAAAUGAUACCAUUGUCGAUUAUUCAAAUCAUCGCUUCGAUUGGGUUCCAAAAGGAGGGCUUCAAGAACGAAAAAAUGUCAAGAGUUGUGCUCUUGGUGUUGCUAGCGUCGCCUCAGCAUUCGCAAGUGGAGCAUCUGCUGCAGCUGCAUGGUAUGCUGUCUUCCACAAGGCUGCUGGUGAAGCAAAAUACGAAUCUGACAACAAAAAUUGUGGUGUUCAUCAUCAUGUUGUUGAUACUCCUUCUCGUAAGAUGCGUUAUGUCUAUUCUUCUUCUGGUGGAGACUGUAGUUCAACAGCACAAGAAUCAACAAUCGAAGGUUCAUUAGAUAAGGCUUACAGAACUUAUAUUAAAAGCCACUACGACCAUAUCUGGUGCAUGGAGUUAACCCACGGAGGAACUUGGAAGGGAUAUUUGCUUAUUGGUCCAGAUGGUAAUUGGCCAAGCAACUUAAGUUGUGGAGAUAGCUCAAGUGGUACAUGUGUCAGCGGUGGAAAGAAUGACGAUCACACCUAG